CAUACACUCACUCACCCUCACUCUCACCAUUGUACUCUCCCUCUCCCCUCCCCCUCGUACCUACACCAAUUUGCGCGCGGCCGGCCCCCGCAACAAAAAGUCCUCCAUUCAUCACUCCUACACACACCGCUUGAGCUGGCGGCGCGAACAGCACACCACACCGCACCACCCGUCCGCUGCUCCCUUGGACGGCGGCACCGCCCUCCGCACCGCGCUCCCUCUGCCGACCCCGGCCCCGGCCCGCCCCUCGAAGCAAACAAGAUCCCCGCGGCCGCCCACCACCUGUUCUUAGGUGUGCGCCUCGCCUCGUUUCGCCGUUGUUCACCGUUCCUUCGUUGAAGCUUCGAGAAGCUGCUACCCUACUAUCGCUGCUGUUUCGUUUUCGCCUUUCGCUACUCUUCCUCUCCGUAACUCGCUUGCGAAUACUGCCGUCGUUUUUCUGCUGCCGCUGCUGCUGCUGCAAUGCCUACCAUGGCCACCGCCACCGCUACCGCUACCGCCGCCGACGCCGCCGUCGCCUCUACGGCUGCCGCGACGACGACGACGACGUCGAUGAAGAAGACGCCGACUACGACGCCAAUGACGACAAAGAAUGCCACUACUACUACGCCCGCCGCAUCCUCCGUCUUUUCACGCCCCUCGCUGCACCGUCUGCGGACUAGAGAUCUGGCCGCGUCGUCGCGCGCCCGCUCCUCGCACGCCGCUGUCGCUGCCAGCGCAGCAACUGCUCCGGCCCCACACGCACCCCACUCCACGGGGCGCGACCCUGCUGCCGCCCCUCACCACCCUCACCACCACACUUCGACCCAGACGCAGACGCAGAGCUACGCCGACCAAGUCCAGCGGAGCAGCUAUGCGGCUGUCUCGUCCUCAUCCCUCGCGUCGUCCUCGUCUGACGAGCUCGUCUCGGACGCCUCGCCCUCGUCCUCGCCCGCCCGCUCCACGUGCACCUCCGCCACCAGCUACUCGGCGCACUACUGCGCGGCGCGGGCGUGGCCGCUGCCGCUGCCGCCGCUCGUAACGGCCGACGGCGUCGUCAGGCAUCCGCGCACGUGCUCGGCGUCGUCAACGUCGUCGUGCGGCUCUAUCGCCGCGGCGAGGGGCGCCGCCCUUGCGCCUCCUGCUCCUGUCUCUGCUUCUGCUUCUGCUUCUGCGACGUCCGCUGAGCCUACGGCUAAAACUCCGUCUACGCCUGCCUCCGCCUCCGCAGCAACGCUGCUCCCGGCCCCGCCCAUGCCGCCGCUCCUGCGCCGCAAGCCAAGCCACCCACGACUGACGCCGUUCGCGGCCUUCAGUGCGGGAUCCUCAGCCGGCGCAGCCGUGCCGUCGCCGUUCGAGAGCCCGACGUCGGUCGUGGAGCACGAGGACGCGGCGGCGGAUGCGGAGGCCGAGGCCGAGGCGCAGCGGAAAGAGGCGAGUUUGCUGGAGUUGUUGGAGCCAAGGCCAGUGGGGCGUGCGGAGGCAAGGUUUGCGGGCAUUGCGGAGGUGUUGGCUGGGGGGAUGGGGGUCGGUGUGGGCGUAUGUUUUUAGAUGCGUGUGUGUGUGGUAAUGGUCGUCGUUGUGUUGGUGUGAGGGGUUGUUGGUUGGUAGGUUUGUUACGUUAUGUUCUUGGGUGAUGGAGG